GGAGCCUCCAAAAAUACUGCCUGUAGCCAUGAGUGUACCAGCGCCAGUACGGCGCUUGGCCUCCAGAUGCACAUUCCAGGCUCAUCUGCCCGUGCGGACGCUCCAACACCAACAGCGUCGGACAGCUGUGGGCGACUUCUUCAAACGCGGCAAGGAGACCAAGGACGAGACACUGGACUCAGAUAACCCCAUCUUGGACGAAUAUCGACGACAGAAUCCCGAAAAGCCCGACCAGAAUGCCCAGGAGCCACAGCUAGCCCCGCCCGCACCAGGAGACAUCGCUCCGUCGUCCAUUUUCGAAGACGAGCGCCGGAUAGCAGCCCAGCGAGAUCGCGAUGGCGGUGAUGGGGAUGGUAGCAGAGCGGGCCUCCGUCCGCGCAAUGCAGCCACGAUCGCCCGAAUCACACAACCCGAUCCCAAUGCACGUGAGAGAUGGGAGCGGAAAAAAGUCAUACAGAUGAUCAAGAACGGUGGCAGACUAUCCAAGGCGCAAUUCCUCAAGAGAACAGAGCGCGAGCACUUGGUCAAAAGCCACAACAUGAAAACCUCGGUCAAGAAGCUGGGCAUGAUUGCGAGACAGAUCUCAGGCAAGACGAUUGACGAUGCCAUCACGCAGAUGCGGUUCAGCGGGAAGAAAGUAGCGCAGGAAGUUAUGCUGCAGCUGGAGCAGGCUCGAGAUGAAGCUAUCGUGAUGCGCGGCAUGGGCUUGGGUAAAGUUGGCAAAUCGAAUGAUGAGGCAGAGGAACUGGAUCUUUCGAUAGACCCCCUCGACGACACAUCGACUGCAAAUUCUACGAACAAUCUGCACGCGCCCAAGAAAAUUGUGAUCCAGCUCAAGGACGGCAAACGCCAUAAAAUCGAGGAUCGCAGCAACAUCUACAUCGAGCAAGCAUGGGUGGGACGAGGUCCCUAUGGUAAACUGCCAGACUACCGAGCCCGAGGCCGCAUCUUCAUCAUGCGUACGCCAUGGACGAGCUUGACUGUGAUAUUGAAGGAAGAGGCAACGAGAAUACGAGAACACGCCGAGCGCGAAGCGAAGAGGAAGAAGAAGAUUACCGAGCAGGUCUGGGUGCCGCUGCCCGAUAGACCUCUUACAACCAACAGGCAAUGGUAUAGCUGGUAGAGAGAUAGAGAGAGAGAGACUACACGAGAUAUCGGCUGGGUCAGCAAAAUUAUACAAAAAUCAAACAUGUACCAUUACUUCAAUAAGGUACAUGUACCUACAGUGAGUGGCUUUCAGGUGGGCGGGCGUGCGUG